UUAGCGCAUGUGAUGCGGAAGUAUCAGUUCAAAGGUCACGAGCAAUUUGACAGACACAAAACAAGCGCUAUGGCUGGACUCAAGGCGACAGAUUGUGGCUACCGCUUUGUGGUCCUGUUCUUCAACUGCAUGCUGACCUUUGGUUCAUACUUCUGUUUCGACAUGCCCAGUGUGCUCCAAGAUGAAUUCACACAGUCCAACAACUGUACCAACUCAACAGGAGGGAGUACAUUUGAUGUUGAUGCUGGCAACAACACUUGCAACAACUGCACCGACUGUCUGGGGAUGUCGCAGGAUGACUACAACCUCCUCUACGCCAUCUAUGCUUGGACGAAUGCUGUAGUUGUCAUAGGUGCUGGAUUCCUCAUUGACAAACUGGGAAACAGAGUGGGCGUGUUCCUCUUCUCCUUCCUGUGUGUCGUCGGGUCGUGCACUUUCGCUGUUGGUGCAAUGCUGAAAGGAACGUCUGCCAUGUUGCCUGUCAUGCUAGUGGGACGUCUGCUCUUUGGAUCAGGAAACGGGUCACUAACAAUUGUUCAGAACAAGAUCACAGCCUUCUGGUUUAAAAACAAGGAAUUAGCCAUGGCAUUUGGUUUCACAUUAGCAUUCUCCCGUCUGGGAAGUGUACUGAACUUCUUCUUGACACAGUCAUUCUCUCAGACGUAUGGGCUCUCUUGGACUCUCUGGGGCGGCGCCAUGUUGUGUGGGCUGGGGUUUGUGUCGGCCAUUGUUGUAAGCUUCCUGGACAUGUAUGGCGUCAAGCAGCUGGGAGAUGAGGCCAGCAUGAAAACAGAAUCCAAGAAACUGAGGUUCACCGAUAUCCGCUACUUUUCCCUGUCAUACUGGCUGGUGGCACUGGCAAUCAUGUUCUUCUACAACGGAGUGUUUCCAUUUGUGGCUGAUGCCAGUAAAUUUAUCUACGACAAGUAUAAGACAGAGUAUAAUUUGAAUCAGAAAACGUCUUCAUACAUCGCAGGCUCAAUCUACGAUGUGUCUAUGUUAUUGUCUCCAUUCCUGGGAGGCAUCAUCGAUGUGUUUGGGAAGCGAGGGUACCUGGCCAUACUGUGUUCGGUGUUCUCCAUCCCCGUGUUUGCACUGUUGGCCUUCACCUAUGUGUACCCCCUGGUGGCGACCCUGUGCUUCGGGCUGACCUACUCUGUGGCCGCUGCUAGUCUGUGGCCCUCAAUUCCCCUUGUGGUAACCCAGGCAACGGUUGGCACGGCAAUGGGCCUGACUACAUCUAUUCAAAUGAUUGGUAUUGGCAUUUCUAAUCUCAUUGUUGGCUCGAUUCUUGGGACAGAAAAAGACACACCAACAGCGACCAUCUUACUGCGCUGGAAGUAUGUGAUGAUUUUCCUGCUGGCUAACAUCCUUGCCUGUGUCGCCACCACAUUCUUCCUGAAUGUCAUCGACAAGAGGAAGGGCGGUAUGCUGAACUUGAGUCGCAAACAGAAGCAGUCACUGGCACGGCGUCUGCAGGAAGAGGAGGAAGUCGACCCGGAUGAGGAGGUGGCGCCAGUGUACAGCGAGAGGGACCCCCUCCUCCGCAAUAACCGUAUCAACUGAUUCUGCUCUCCUCUGUUUGUUUUUUUUUUUUUUGAUGAAUGUAGUUCUCGGUGAAUGUAACAGACUGCUUUUGGAUCAUGUGUUUGUAGAAGUAUAAUUAUUUUCAGUGUCCAGUAAGGAAUGCAUUAUCUCACUUAAAAUACAUUAAGUGCAACAAAAUAUUGCACAUUCAAAUUGAAAAUAGAGCCUUAAAGUUAUAGUACAUCGUUGAAAAAUGCAACAUGAAUAUGCUGCACAGACAUUUCAUGCAGGACAAGAAAAUAUUUGUGCUUUACUGACUGCACUGGAACUCACAUGGAUAUUCUUCGUGUUCAUGCAGUUUAUACAGUUUGAUUGUUGUAGCAUUUGUCCUUAGAUAUAAUGUUUGAUUCUAAAAUUUGCAUUGCCAAAAAGUAGGCCUGUAAACUGUCAAUUGUUAACAGUUAACACUAGAGUGAUGUCAGAGUU